UCCCGCCCUGCCGCGGCUGUGCCCGCUUCUCGCGGCGCUGGGAGAUGGCGGAGUUGGACAUUGGGCGGCACUGCCAGGUGGAGCAGUGCCGGCAGCGAGAUUUUCUUCCAUUUGUAUGUGAUGGCUGUUCAGGAAUAUUUUGCCUUGAACACAGGAGCAGGGAGUCACAUAGCUGUCCUGAGGUGACUGUAAUUGAGAGACUGAAGUCAGAUACACAUACAUCUUACCCAUGCUCAUUCAAGGACUGUGCUGAAAGAGAGCUUGUGCCAGUUAUGUGCCCUUAUUGUGAGAAGAAUUUUUGCCUGAGACAUCGUCAUCAGUCAGAUCAUGAAUGUGAAGAACUGGAAAUCCCUAGGUCUCGUAUGGCUGCCACUCAGAAACUUGUUAAAGACAUUAUUGAUUCCAAGACAGGAGAGACAGCAAGUAAACGACGGAAAGGUGCAAAAAAUAGUGAAACAGCUGCAAAGGUAGCAUUAAUGAAAUUAAAGAUGCGUGCUAAUGGAGAUAAAUCAUUGCCACAGACGGAAAGAAUUUACUUUCAGGUUUUCUUACCUAAGGGGAGCAAAGAGAAGAGUAAGCCAAUGUUCUUUUGCCAGCAGUGGAGCAUUGGAAGGGUCAUAGACUUUGCAGCUUCUUUAGCCAGUCUUAAAAAUGACAAUAACAAAUUAACACCUAAGAAAUUGAGGUUAUGUCACAGUACCUCAGGAGAAGCCUUACCCUUGGAUCAUAUUUUGGAAACCUGGAUUGCUAAGGAGGAUUGUCCUUUAUACAAUGGUGGAAAUAUUAUCUUGGAAUAUUUGAAUGAUGAAGAACAGUUUUUAAAAAAUGUUGAUUCUUACUUGGAAUAGUCAUUCAGGGAGUCAAACUAGAAAUCAUGAGGAAAAUUCAAUGUUAAUCAAAUUCUUUUACUACAAAUACUAUGUAUUUUUUAUUUUUGAACCUUGCUUUUUAUUUCCAUUAUAUCAUAA